AUGAGUGUAGAACACAAUUUCUCCAAGGAGAACACAGUGGGCAUCCCUGUGGCGGAGAUGAAGGAUGAGUACUCGAAGGAAACUCUCGCACUGGGGCAGCAGAUCCAGACUUAUGCAGGGAUGGACCUCUACAAUGCCCAGCGGCCCAAAAUUGUGCAGGUGCUGCGCAAGGACGGCAGCACGUGGGUGUCGAGGUAUGCGCGGGGCGGCAGCGCGCGCAAACUCAGCGCGCGGCGCUUCUACAUAGCCGUGGACGCGCUGCAGGGGCAUCUGGCCUCCAACGGAAUGGCGCCCUUCCCCAAGAACAAGAUCCCGGUGCUACUCAGCAACGUCGCGCAGGCCGAGGCGCUCAUCGCGCAGGGCAAGUGA